AUGCAGCUGCUGCAUUUCUCUCCCUAUUUUUUUUACUUUUUUGAAACUUUAAAAAAAAAUCACCGAAAACUCCACUGUAAGUUAAUUUCUUUACCGUUCUUAUCGAAAGCUUAUCGCGCUCCCCUUCACGUUGAAUCUUUUCGUACAUUUACAAACCAACAAACCGACCAACAACUCGUGUUUCUUUUGUUUCUUUCGCAUAGGCCUUCCCUUGCCGUGCCUGAUACCCUCCGCUCUCCCGGUCGGCACGCUCUCUCGCUGAGGCCCUGCGCGUCAGGCAUGUUGCAUCAUCUCGUGUAAGCUCGGAGUAUAAAAGGCGCGAGACGGGCCUAUUUGCCUCACUUCAGUGCCUGCACUCCGACGUCCGACCUCUUCUUGGACCACGAUGACCACCGAACUGGAGUUGCCAUGCGAUCUAUGGGAAAAAAUCUCGUACACGCUUGCCGAUCAUCCGCCUUCGUUGUGCAUUCUUUCCAAGACGUCUCCGAAGCUUCGCGAGCUAGUUCGCUUUGUCAUCGGACACUAUGAGGUGAGAAAGUUCCUGCUUUUUUCUAUACGAUUUCUCGGUCCAAUCUCUUAACUUCUAGAAGUUUUUCGUUCGAGUUGCAGCCAUUCUCAAACGACUCGCUAACACUGAUUUGAAAUCGAGAUGUUAGUAGGCGUUGUGGGAAGGGCGGCGAUGACGAACAUUUUUCCUAUUGGGCCGAUAGCCUUGUCUUCAACUCUGACUUACAAAAAAGAGAAUUAACUUUGGUUUUCAGGCUCAUCUACAUGUCACCUUCCCGAAAGACGAGUGCCCUUGCAAAGCGGAGAAGAGUUCGACCGACAAGGUGCAUUUCGAGAUGAUUCUCAACCGAAAAGGAAGAUUCCGCCGUGGAAAGUAGGUUUAUUCCCAAUCUCAUGAUCUUCGUUCUCUCCCAUUUGGCCGAUUCGUUUAGGCCUUUCGCGAGAUGACGAAAUGUCGAGGCGGACAAAGAAAGGCCCGGAGAUCGAGUAACAGAGAAAAAAGAAAACAUUUGCAGGGCCCACUGCCACUCGAUCUUCACGUGCACCAAAAGCCGAUUGGAGCUAGCGAUUGAUGACCUUCUCGAGCUCUUCGCCGAUGAACUCCUCACUCUGCGCUUCAAUAACUUCCCGGAGGAUUCUCAUGCCUUCACCGUCUUCAACAAGUAUUCGCUUCCGAAGUGCGAAGACAUCUGCUUCAAUGGCUCACUUCCGAUGCACAAUGGCGUCUACGAUCUGUUCGAAUCAUGCCGAAACACCAAGCGGCUCGUCAUCAGCAAUCCCGCCGAAAGCACCGACUUCACGCGUUUCUGGCCAAUGCUCAAAGGCAGCCGUGUCGAGAACUUGGAUCUGAUGGUAAUAAUCGCUGAUUUUUAGUAUUUUAAAACAACCAUUUAAUUUUUGGGACAUCGCGUCAUUCCGCCACUCGUCCACGAGAGAAUUCAAGCUGCCGCCAAGUUUGAAACAACUCUUCUUCUGCCCAAAGCAAGAAGUCGAAUGCAAGCACACUGAGAACCUUGCCACACUUAUGUAUUCAGGCAAUUGGCGCAAAGUUUAUGUAAGUUCAGAAUUUGUCUUCGACUGAAACUUGUAUUUCGUCUUCAGAUUCACUCGGAAAGCGCUCUCCAUUCUAUUAACUCGAGUUUGUACAAACCGAUCAAAACAAUCACCGAGUUCUGCUAUUCGUCAAAGUCGUUCACUGUCGAUUACGUGAUGAGGUUCCUGAAGAAGUGCGAGAACGUCAACUACUUCAACUGGUUCGGUCUUCACUCGUGUGUCGCCCCAAUCGUCAUUGCUCGGCUUCUAGUGGAUGUUCCACGCAACAUCGUGUUCAGCGGAUGUGUUCCCUGCAAAAGUGGAGAAACCGUCGGCAACGGCGGAUUCAUGGAAGUCGGUAACCGAGUGCCAGUCGUGCAAGUCUCAAAACUUUUGGAGCGCGAGGAGUUCCGUGCUCAGUUCGGAAAAACGUUGGCGGACGCAGUGCUUUUCGAACGGUCAUUUAAAUCGGGAUCGGUCAUGUAUCUUCAGAAAAAGGAUUCAGUGUGCGGCCCAAACUGCCUUGACAUUCAUGAGAUCUCUCAAAAAGCAGGAAUUUUUCUGUGAGCAUCUAUAUAAUAAUCUCCAUGGAAUUCAGUUCAAAUCCUAAUUGCUUUCAAAUUGUCGCAUUUCGUGUUCGCAUUUUUCACAAGUCGCCUACUUCCUUUAAUUCUCUGUUUAUCCAUUUCUUUAAGACCGCGUAAUAAUUGUUCAAAUUGUACAACUGCAAGUGUAUAAUGUACAUAAACUUUGAUUUUGGCUCGUGUUCACAUUUUUCUUCAUCUAUUUUCCGUCUUAUCGUGUUUUCCAUAGAUAGGCAUAGAUCGAUCUAGACUCUAGCCUAGAAAGCCAAGAGAACGCUGAGGAACUGAAGGUUCACAGACAUAUCAUACACCCAGAACUCAACUCCUAAUAAUAAUAAACGUGAUGUCAGAAAACAAACGACCAGGACAGUCGUCUCUUUCGAAAUCUAUACUUCUAUGAUUAACACUCGCUCCAACUGAUAACAACCAUUAGCAAUACUCUUGGGUAUUGCUCCACGUGAAACCCAAAAUUAUUGGGCGAGCGAGAACUAAUCCAUCUGCUCGCCUGCUCCGACGAGAAUCAAAAUGCUAUUUCUCCUUACCCGAGCAGGGCGCUCUUUCCGCCAUUUUCCUUUUCAACCCGCUCUCGUUUGAUUAGCUUUUUCUCUUGCUUCACCGUCUUCUCGUCUUUCAUAAUGUUCACUUCUGAGUAAAAAAUUUUUUUCGAUGUUUUCAUUCUUGUCUUUUAUUCAGAAUAUAAAUAUGAAUCUAGCAAUUAGUACUACUAGGCUAGUAGUACUAAUUGCUUCUAGCGAUGCUAUCAACAGUUUGCUUCAAAAACGGGCUUGUUUUUUUUAACGUAAAAAACUAGUCGACGGAUUUUUCAACGGUUUUUUUUCCGAAUCCGUAAACAAAUGCAGUAAUGGUAGAAUACAGAGAGCAGAGCCAUAAAAUUGUUGUUGAAAAGUACCUCAACUGAGGCGGAAAAAUGCGGCUGGCCUAACUUUUCUAUAAUUUAGAAAGCUAGUCCCCUCAGUCCCUCACCUUUUUUCGUCAUAAUUUUAGCCGGAAAAUUUGUUUUCGCGCCAAAAUUACUGAAUUUCAACUUCAAUAAGUUCCAGAGAAAGGGAAUGUCUUUACCGUUGCUCUCAAAAUCGCAUAUAAAUAUCCUGCGGCCAGCGCUCGUUCAAAUCACCAAACGACCGCUUUCCAGCAGAAGCUUCACGCACAUUCUCAGGUUAGCCAGUCUUCUCGUUCCUUCUCGUCUUUCUUUGAACUCCUCACACGAUCCCGAUCUCUUCGUUCUUUUCCUUCGUAUUCUCUUUGAAAAUUCGCCUCCUCGCAGUGUUCCUGGUUGGGCAAAUAAAUACGUGUACUGAAUUAAUUUCAACCACGUUUCAGAAUAAGGCCACCCUUUUCUCCAAUUCGGCUACGACUAGUUCGCAACAUAUCUAAUUCGAAUUCGCUGCCAAAAAUGACAGAGAACGGGAAAAAUAUUGUGCUGAAGCGGUACGAUUCUAUUGUGAAAGGAGCUCAGGAUACGAGAGAGGUAAGCAUUCCCAUUUUUCAACAAAGCAUUUUAAUUUAUAGUAUCGCGGUCUCGAAUUGACGAAUGGCCUUCGAAUUCUACUCGUCUCAGACCCGACGACAGACAAAUCGGCGGCCUCCAUUGACGUGAAAGUCGGUCAUCUCAUGGAUCCGUGGGAGCUCCCAGGGCUCGCUCAUUUCUGUGAGCACAUGCUGUUUCUAGGCACCGCCAAGUAUCCCUCGGAGAACGAGUACUCUAAAUUCUUGUCGGCUCACGCUGGAAGCUCCAAUGCUUUCACUUCCACCGACCACACCAACUACCAUUUUGAUGUUAAGCCCGAGGAACUCCCCGGAGCUCUCGAUCGCUUCGUUCAGUUCUUCUUGGCUCCUCAGUUUACUGAAAGUGCUACAGAGCGCGAAGUGUGUGCUGUGGAUUCGGAGCACUCGAACAAUCUGAACAAUGACAUGUGGCGUUUCGUGCAAGUGGAUCGUUCGCGCUCGAAACCAGGACAUGACUACGGAAAAUUCGGAACUGGAAACAAGCAGACACUGCUUGUGGACGCUCGGAAGAAUGGAAUUGAGCCACGUGAUGCUCUCCUGAAUUUCCAUAAAAAGUGGUAUAGCUCUGAUAUGUGCGUUUUCGCUAUAGUCGAUAGAUUCUUCCGAAUGAGUACUUUCUUUCAGAAUGUCCUGCUGUAUCAUUGGUAAAGAGCCACUCGACGAUCUGGAGAGAUAUCUCGGAACUUUUGAGUUCGACGCUAUCGAAAAUAAGAAAGUGUCGAGAAAAACGUGGUCCGAGCAUCCAUACGGCCCGGAGCAACUUGGAAAAAAGGUGGAAGCGGUGCCAAUCAAGGACACCAGAAUGCUAACCAUAACUUUCCCGUUCCCCGAUCUUAAUGGAGACUAUCAGUCACAACCUGGACAUUACAUAAGUACGUUCUACUGACUCCUUAAACGCAUUAUUAACACAUUUCAGCGCACUUGCUUGGUCAUGAAGGAUCUGGAUCGCUGCUCUCGGAGCUCAAAAGACUCGGAUGGGUGAGCUCUCUGCAAGCAGGAAAUCAUACCCAGGCCGCUGGAUUUGGAGUGUUCGACGUUUCGAUGGACUUGAGCACAGAAGGACUCGAUCAUGUUGAAGACAUCGUUCAGCUCGUUUUCAACUAUAUCGGUCUGCUCCAAUCGACUGGUCCACAGAAGUGGGUUUUUGAAGAGCUCGCCGAGCUGAGCUCUGUCAAGUUCCUCUUCAAAGACAAGGAGACUCCGAUAAAUAUGGCUACGAAUGUAGCCUCCAGUCUGCAAUAUAUUCCAUUCGAUGAUAUUCUUUCGUCGAAAUACUUGCUGACUAAGUACGAUCCGGAUCAAAUCAAGCAGCUGCUAGCCACGCUCACCCCUAAGAACAUGUCAUAUCGUGUUGUCUCUCAGAAGUUCAAGGGACAAGACGGAAACACCACAGAGCCAGUCUACGGAACUGAAAUUCGCGUGACCGACAUUGACAAGGAUGUGAUGAACAAAUUUGAAAAGGCGUUGAAAACUAAUAAUCCAGCUCUGCGUCUCCCUGAAAAGAACGAAUACAUUGCAACGAAGUUCGAGCAAAAGCCACGUGAAGCGAUGAAAAGCGAACAUCCGAGACUGAUCAACGACGACGGAUGGAGCCGUGUGUGGUUCAAGCAGGACGACGAGUACAAGAUGCCGAAACAGGAGACCAAACUAGCGCUGACAACUCCGAUUGUUGCUCAGAACCCUCGAAAUUCGUUGCUAUCAAGCCUAUGGCUGUGGUGCCUCAGCGUUAGUUUCUUCUUCUAUAAUUGCGCAUUUAGUUCAAUUGUUGUAGGAUACUCUCGCUGAGGAAACCUACAAUGCCGACUUGGCUGGGCUCAAAUGCCAGCUCGAGUCGAGUCCGUUUGGUGUGCAAUUGAGGGUAAGCCGCCGAGAGACCGAACGACACGCCUCAUUCACCAUGCAUGUUUGUGUUUUGUCAAUUGUUUUCGACCCACUAAUCACGCACAUACGCACUUCUUGUCUUAACAUAUUGUGUACUGUUCCAAUUUAACCUCGUUUGUUUUGGGCACUCCAUAUUGUCUUCUCCUCGUUCUCUUCAAUUUAAACUGAAACCAUUCAGGUUUAUGGAUACGACGAAAAACAGGCGCUGUUCGUGAAACAUCUGACAAAUCGGAUGACCAAUUUCAAAAUCGAUAAGACUAGGUUCGAUGUGCUCUUCGAGUCGCUGAAGAGAGCUCUGACGAAUCACGCCUUUUCGCAACCGUACACUCUCACUCAACACUACACUCAAUUGUUAGUUCUCGACAAAGUCUGGAGCAAAGAGCAGCUUCUGGCGGUUUGUGACAGUGUUACUUUGGAAGAUGUGCAAGGAUUCGCGAAGGAGAUGCUCGAAUCGUUCUAUUUGGAACUUUUUGUGCACGGAAACUCAACCGAAAAAGAAGCCCUUCAGCUCUCAAAGGACAUCACGAACAUUCUGAAAUCUGUCAAUCCAAAAUGUCGCCCGUUGUAUUGGAAUGAACACAGUCCGCGUCGAGAGAUUCAGCUCAACGAUGGAGACGAGUUUGUCUACAGGCAUCUCCAGAAAACUCACGACGUCGGAUGCGUUGAGGUGAUGUACCAGAUUGGAGUGCAGAACACUCGUGAUAAUGCUCUUGUCGGGCUCAUCGAUCAACUUAUUCGCGAACCAGCGUUCAAUACGCUGCGCACCACUGAAUCGCUAGGUAAUUAAGAUUUACGUUCCUAAAUUUAAACGUUCACUUUCUCAGGAUACAUCGUGUGGACAGGCUCUCGACUCUCAGCUGGAACUGUCGCUUUGAAUGUCAUCGUUCAGGGCCCAAAAAGUGUUGAUCACGUGCUAGAACGCAUUGAAGCUUUCCUGGAAAGUGUGCGCAAGGAGAUUGUAGACAUGCCGGCUGAUGAAUUCAACAAACAAGUCGCCGCAAUGAUCACUCGUCUCGAGGAGAAACCGAAGACGCUGAGCAGCAGAUUCCGUCGCUUCUGGAACGAGAUCGAGUGCCGUCAGUACAACUUUUCACGACGUGAAAAUGAGGUGGAAGUGCUGAAAAAAAUCAAGAAAGAGGAUAUUCUCGAUUUGUUCGACAAGUAGGCGUUUCGCUCCUGAAAUUGCUCCUUCACAUAUUUUCUUUCAGAAAAAUCCGUAAGAACGCUGCUGAGAGACGUAAGCUGGCUGUAUUCGUGCACGGAAAGAACGAGGACAAGGUCGUCGUCGACGAGACAAUCAAGAAGAACUCGGAAAUGGGCAAGAAGGAGAAAGAGGUGCAACACGUACAGCAACUUCGUCAAUAUCUGCCGUUCUACGGACGACCGAUGCCCUCAAUUGAGUUGAAACCAAUAGGAAUGGAUCCACUGCAAAGCCAAGCGGAGCCGACGCCCGCUUCCAAAUACUAA